AAACGUUAAAAACCAUUUCACUUAGACUAAUCGAAGUGUGUGGACGUGCAUCCCGGUCGUCGUCGUGGUUAGCAUUUCGGUCGGUCGUACCCUCGGACGUACGCGGUUUGGUGUACGGCUUGGUGCAUUUAAUUUACUACCUAUGAUAAAUUUAUCAGACGUUCCAUAUUUUGAUUUAAGCUCGCCAUAGAGCUAACAAGAAUAGAUUCUUAGACGCGGAACGCGAUUUAUUUACUAAAUCCUCUUACCAGCUUGUGUCCGCGGCGCCUGUUUUCGCGUUUCAUGCCACUCGCAAUAGCAAAUAAACGUGUUGAAAGGCGUGUAACGUUCGAAGUGAAUAGCAACGGCAACAGUUUACAUUCGGUCGUAAAGUGAACAGUAACAAAAACGAAAAGUGAACAAAACCGCAACCAGAAUCGCCUGCACUGGUGUGCCCCAUUCAUUGAUCGGGAAGCAAUCGAAAAUCCAUUUCAUCAAGUUUGGCCGAUGCGGCAAGUGCGCGAAAGAAACAGGAAGCGCGACUCGAGAGACGCACGUGAAAGAGUUGGCCGACGACAUUCUUCGCUAUAAAUCGUACUCCCGCGAGACGUACAGAUCCUCCUACCCAGCUGCUACCCUUAUUUGUUUCCCCUGCGCGAAAUAAAGAAUUACCGCGAGAGGGCAACAUAAAGCAGGAAGCAAGAGUGUGAGAAAGAACGAGAGAGAGAGAGUGCGCGCGGUUUGCUCAUCAGAGAAAAUAUUUGCAAGGUGUACUUUGCCGGAAAAAGCCAGAGCACGAAUACACAAAGAAACAAACGCUAGCGGCAUCGACGGCGGCGGCGACUGCGUCGGUGUAUGUAUGUGUGUGUGUGUGUGUGCGGUUUUUUAAUCGAUCAGCAAGAUAAACCGCGAUACAAACCAACUUUCGGGCAACGGUAGACACAGAGCCUGCUGAAAUCAAACCGUGUGUGCCCGAAUGUUUGCUGCAUUCGUGUGUAUCAACAGUCGUUAUGUGUGUGUAUUGGUGCGCUAAUGUUGAUGUGUGUAUGUGCGUGUUGGUGAGCAAAAAUACAUAACCAAACACCAUCCAAGAAAGCGGCAGCAUUAAGGUGAAAAGUUCGUGCACCUACCGGUGUCUUUCAAAUGUCUCUACGAUAACAACCACCUUUGCGGAUGGUUCCAGUUGAUGGGGAUGACGGUUGAGCCCUUUCCCUGACCGGUUGAUGUCGUGGUUUAAUGCCAUCAGUUCAGUACAGUAGCAAAGGAAGGCAGAACAGGGAAAGAAAAACACAUAAGAAAACGCUACCAUUCCCAACAGCGCCGGUGUAGUAUCCAAUCAGUUCUCGUCGCAUUAUUCGGACACGGAAGCUAAUAAGCGGUGUACCCUGUCAACGCUUUUCGUUUUAGGAAAGAAGGUCAUACUUCUUCUGCAAUAACGCUGCCCGGGCUGAUCAGCAUAGUACGAGUACAAAAAACGGAAAUGCGGCACUGGCUGUGAUAUACGGCACCGACGAGCAUUAGAACAGAUCCAGAACAGAACGUUUCGUAAGUUUCUGCUACGAUUCUGCCGGCAAUAGUUAUCCUGAGGAACUCCUCAGUGUGAAGCGUGAAGAAAAAGUGAGCCGGUUUAGUGUCAGUUCGUUAUGAGGAUUCCCUGGUAUCCAUCCUAAGCGUGUACAUGCCGGCAACAGUGAAUAAUAGUGUCGUUUGUGUGUUAAAUUAGUAUCCUUAAUUCUAAAGCUAAGUGGAGCAUCCAGUGAUACUUCAAGUUGUUCAAUUUUGUGUUGAUGGUUGCGUUUGAAGCUACAAGUGUUAUCGUUGGUCUGUGUUGAGUGUCGACCUGAAGUGAGCGGGUGUGCAAAUAUACGUAGUUGGUCAUUCUAUCGACGUCCAAUUAACGUCCAGCGCCAGAAUGCCAUCAACGGAAAGCCGUACGAUGGAGGCAGCAAGCCAACGACGACGGAUGAUGAAAAAGAUAAUGGCUACCAGUGCACUAGCCGGAAUAGUCACCAACUUGUUGCUUUCGGUCGUAUGUCUGUCCGGUGCCUUGUCCGCAGUGGGCAUGGUCAGCGCUAGCGCUAUACCGACGGCAUCCUUUCCGUCCAAUAGCAAUGGAGUCGCCAACAGUGCCUCAGUGACCGACGUUGGCCAUCGACGAGCGUCCUGUGUCGCGGUCCAUCCGAUCCUGAAACAGCGCGGAGUCGACCCAAUCGACAUGCCAAUCGAUCCCAUACCAGAUCUAUCCCUCCGACACUGUGAAGUGCCGCCCGGUGGUGGAACCUGCUGUACGCAGAUGACCGAGCAUAAGCUCGCUCUGCACGCUAAAACGAUGCUUGAGCGCAACACCAAAGACAACAUCUCCAAGCUCUCGUCCGUUCUCGGUGCCCGGGCUCAACGCUUCAAUGAAUUCUUCGAAGAGUUGCUCGGACAAUCAAAACACGAAUUCCACGCAAUGUUCAAGCGCACGUACGGCACGAUCUACGAACAAAACUCGGGGGUCUUUGCUGAUCUGUUUGCUGAGCUUGAGCGUUACUACGCACACGGCAAGGUCGACCUGUCCGAAACGAUGGAUCACUUCUUUAACAUACUGUUCCAGAAGAUGUUCACUGUGCUGAAUGCACAGUACACAUUCGAUAACAAAUACCUAGGCUGCGUUAGCGAACACAUGAAGGAGCUGAAGCCGUUCGGUGAUGUGCCCGAUAAGCUGUCGGUGCAGAUCAAGCGAUCGUUCGUAGCAACACGUACGUACGCACAAGCCCUUGCGUCAGCAGCCGAUGCCGCCCGAAACAUGAUCAAUGUCCGACUCUCAGCCGAAUGUACGGCAGCACUGACACGGAUGAGCACGUGUAAUGUAUGCGCUGGACAGACAAAGAAACCGUGCGAAUCGUACUGCGUUAAUGUGAUGAAGGGAUGCUUUCCGAGCUAUGAAGAGGUCAGUACCGAGUGGGACACGUUCGUCGCUAAAAUGGAACGCAUUUCGGAACGUCUGCUUGGCCCGUUCAAUAUUUUCAUGGUAGUCCAACCGAUUGAUAUCAAGAUCUCGGAAGCGAUAAUGAACUUCCAGGAAAAUGGUAAGGUUAUAUCGGAUCGCAUCUUCCAAGGCUGUGGACAACCAGCACUGGGUCGUAUGCGUCGAUCGUUGGAUGGUAAAGGAAACACGCUACUGGAGGCACCGGCAAAUGGAAUCGAAAGUCAACCACGUUUGAUUACCACGUUCGGUCAACAACAACUCCCGCUAGUCGAAGCCAUUGCGCGACAGCCAAUCGUAUUGAAUGAUCCAGAACCGUCCGAAUAUGAUUCACAGUUUACGUUUGACGAUGAGGGCGAACAACAGGACGAAGAUAAUAGCAAUGGUUCGGAGAAACACAUCAGCAAACGAUCCGCUGCCACUAAUGCAGGUGGUGGUGAUUCUACCAGUCGUGAACUCAAGUACGAACCACUUCAGUUCUCGGACGGCGAUGUACAGUUCACGAACAGCAACGGUCCACCGGUGGGUGGCAUGCCAGGGGCAACUUCCCAUCAUACUUCUCCCAACGGUAAUGGCAGCGGAAAUGGUGCCGGUGGACGGUCAAACCGUCGCAAACAUAAAGGCGGCCGGAAACAACCGAAUGAGCAGGACGAGCACGAUAAUAUGGAACCGAUGAUAGACCGUAUGGUGAAGGAUAUCCGCCAGAAAGUGAGCAAUUCUAAACGAUUUUGGUCCCAACUACCUUACAUGCUAUGCAACAAUGAGGACAGCGUGGAACAACCGUCAAGUGACGCAAACUGUUGGAAUGGAACGGCAGUUGAUCGCUAUCAACCUAAAAUCGUUACUAGUGAAACCGAAAACAAUCCGGAGUUCCCGAACCGUGUAUUUCAGUCACGGCAGAGUACGAUCGUACAGCAGCAGCUGUUCAUUCUACGCACAGCAAUCAGUCAUCUUAGCAAUGCGUACAUCGGUCACGAUGUAGAGUGGAAUGAUCAAGAGGAUGGCUACUAUGGCAGUGGCUCUGGACAGGGCAGUGGUAUCGACUAUGAAGAAACGGUCGGUUCCGGCAUGGGUCUUUGGGAAAUCGAUGUACGGAACGAGCGACGGCCGGGUUCGGUUGACACUAUGGCACCGUCCGCCGGGAAAGGCGCCGGUGUUAAUAUCGACGGUACGAGUGGUUCCGAUGAAGUGUACCCCGUCAUCAGACACGAUCCCGUCCCGAACAACAACUUCGACCACACGGGCCCACGUUCUGGGCUGCCAAAUCCAACCAGCAGUGGAGGCGGUUCGGCUGGUAGUGGUGCUGGAGGUACAAGCAUCGCCGGCAGCGCACACAGUGCGCCGGAAAUGUCGAUCGAGCGUGCGAUGCUCCAAUUCUUCCUGCCCAUUGCGAUGGCGUGGUUCGGUGGGCUAGUUGCCGAUUUGCUGUGAUUUGUUUUUUAAAAUUCUCGACCGUUUUACUGCUGUCACUGUGAGCUGAGCCUUGAGCGAGCAGGCAAGACAACCUUUAUUUUGUCCUUCGAUCACCGAUCAGCUGUGUGGCGUAGGCAUUCCAAAGAGUUGCAUCUACUCGACACAGUCUUGAGCGUCUGUUGUACAUUAUGGCAUUUGUACAUGUAUAAGCGUCUAAAAGUUGUAUUUAUUAUUGCUAUUAAUUUUAUUUUCACUAAAUUGCACAAUACCUUUUUUCUAUUGCAAAGAUCUUUAGUUUUGCUUUUGGAACAACAUAUGAUGAAAAUGUUACGCGCUACUUAUUUUUUUUUUGUUUCGAUUCGCACACGGCAAGCAAAUGAGGAAGUGAUUUUAAAAAAUGCAGUAGGUUUAAAAAAAUAUUUUCCUUUCACUUGAUCCUCACCCUAUCAUGCACCAUUCCUUACCUACCGGCCUGUGUUGCAAAGCAACAAAACGUACAAUAUGCGCAAAUAGUCAUCAGCUCAUACUUCCGUAUUUGUGUUGUGGCUUCGAUUAACAGUCCGCUAGAAUGCAUUUCUUUAAUUUUGUAUCAGAAAUCAAUCGAUUUUACUAAUAAUAAUGGUGGCUAAUUGGCGUUAUUUAUGACGUUAUAACUAUCUCCCGUUUAUUUGUCAGAAGUAAAAACACUUCUCACUCGAAUAGGUUUAUUUUUUUAAAUCCUGUUUGAUUUGCUAGCACCAGAUCACCUAACUGUUGGGGAUAUGUACAGGGAGCCCUGUAAAGCAGCAACAGCAUCGAUCGAACCGGCCGGCUUCGGAUGAAAUCGAUUUCAUUACUAAUAUGCGUUUAGGCCUUAUACAUUUUUCCAUCUCUAGUCAAAUUGAAUAGUUUAAAUGUUCCCCGAUGCUGUUUGCCGGCUGAGUUUGGAUCAGCUGUGCUGCUUGAAUUUCCCAUCAUCUACCACUUUUUGGGUUUGAUGCGUUGGGUGAUCAUAAAUCAAAUGAAAGCAAAUUAUGUUUGAAUUUAAAAGAAAAAAAAACAUUUCCCUUUGAUGCUAAGGAUCGAUGCGAACGUAUUGCAUUUAGUGCACAUUUGCCCCUGCCCUAUAUAUUUUUUUAAUCAAUGCUGCAAUGCGACUAGUUAAUAUCAAAUUACUGUGUUUUAAUCGUUUUCUGUGUACAUACGUAUCAUUAGAUUUACUUAAGUAGGUGAUACCUUAGAUAGGACUGAGUAAGGAAUAACAGCAAAAUAUACAUAAAGGAGAUAAACUAAUUACUAGGUCGCAAAGAAGUACGAGAAUGACAUAGUUCUAUGUUAAUAAUGUGGUGGUAAAAGAAACGCAAUAUAACUAGAUAAAAUGAGAAGUGGACACCUUUUGCGUUCGGUGGGCAAACAAAUUGAGCAUCCGGAGAGAAAAUAUUUAUCAAUAGCAUACUUUAAUGUUUUUUUUUUGUUUUUGUAACCUUACAACCCGGCUAACAAGCUGUUUCAUUUAACAAAAGCUAUAUAAAUAUCGAUAAAGUGUUCUUUACGCAGCAAUCCGAUUGUAGAACACAUAUAUGUAAAGCGUGCUCAAAUGCCCGAUUAUACGUCAGGUAAAAUCAAUCAGACGCUUUUACCACCGUAGCUGUGAUUCCUUUUUAACAGAAACGGCGUGAAGAUGGUAUGGCUGCAAGGAUUUUCUAGCGUUCAGCAGCAACCAAUCGUCUUAAUACCAUGCAUAUCGGACAUCCAGUGGAACGAUGCAUUUGCCAAGCUCAAGUUAAACUAAACUACAAAAUAGAGUAUCGAGCCAACAGUUUGUGACAAUAUUCAAACAGGAGCACAAAGCCAGAUUUAUCUCACAAUAACAAUACAAUCGCAGGCAAUGCAUACAUUUACGGUUUUUGGGGUUGUAGGAAACCGUUGGCGCCAAGUGUAGUGAUAGUUGUACAUAGCAUUACAGUAAUAGCGAUAUAUCGAUCGAUCAACUCACAAAGCUGAGACAGACUCCACUAGAUAUCCGCUAAAGUAAGGACGAGGGAAAACAAUAGAUUAAAGUGCACCGUCGUAAAAACGUCGAUGUGUAACAAUGUGAAUAAACCAGAGUUAAUGAACAAAUCAAGCAGUGCUACCCUACUGCUAGCGCCUCGUAGACUGUCCAACCGAAUUGAGCCUUUCCACAAGAGUAUACUAGUUUGCGUAAUGCAUGUGAAGAAGAAAUAUUGAUCGAGCCCACACACAAGUAACAAUCCGUACGUAAGCAAUGGUAUGAAGAACCAUGAAACACGAUCAUUCACUUGAUUGUUGAUAUCAAAUGUAAACCACUAAGAAUUAAGCUUCUUCACGAAUGCGAGUAAGCGCAAAUAAAGCUUUGGUAAUGCGCGAGUGACUGAGAACAAUGGAUUAUUGAAAUGGAAAAUAAAAACCCUUUUAUACGAAAAAA